UUUGAGUUUCUAGUUUUGAAUCUAAAAAUGAGGCCAAAAACAGAGAACAGACGAAGAAACAAAACCGGUUCCUCCCCCACCCGUGCCCGACCCCGAAGCCCAAUCGGGUCGGAUACAACCAGUUCACGCACUUCACCUUCCUCAGCCGUACUUCUCGACAGCGGGCUUGUGACCGAAGAGCUCGCAAUAUUCGAGAGCCUCCAAAUCUCACCGGAACCGAACGUGAAUCCGAGAAGCUUCCCGCACAGUGUGAAGCAACAAUGCUGGGCAAAAGCACAGAAAAUCAAGGGUCGUGACCCCGAUCGAUGGCGCCGGGACCCGUUGGGGAACACUGUGUUUAGGAAGCUUGUGGGCUGCCCCGGUUGCCUUUGCCAUGAUUAUGACCACAUCAUUCCUUACUCUAAGGUGAUUUCGAGCUUCAAGAUGUAUUUUUGUUUCAUCUUAUCAACAUCAUGUUUUAUUAAUGAUUUUGCUCAUUUUUAAGCUAUUUAUUUUGUA